AUGAGUUGAAUAGCGAUGGAAAGAAAUACUCUUCCCUUCAUAUUAAUUUUCACAUUCUUUUCUUGGAUUGUAAAAGUAAUUUAAAAGAACCAAUUUUUGUGCCAAAAGUAGAUGAAGUAAUAAUUUUUUUAUUUAAGAAAGCAAAAGGCUUUUUUUUUUUUGGGCGAGAAAGGAGUAUAUGUAUAAACCAAUUGAAGCGCUAGGCUAGCGGUGUUUCACUCAGAGCCAGCUCUCUACUCUACUCUAUCUAUGAAGAAGAAUAUGUCCAAAGGUUGCUCCUUCAUUUUCUUCGCCCUACUUUGGACAUUAUGUGGGGCUCAAAUGCGCGGCGGCGCCCCCGCCCCAGCCCCCGCCGGCGGCGCAACAUGGUGCGUCGCAAAGGAGAACGCGACGGCGGAUGCACUCCAGCGGGCGACGGCUUGGGCCUGCACGGAGGGCAGCGUUGACUGCAGGCAGGUGGGGCCCAAUGGAGUCUGCAAGAACAUCAGCGCCUGGAAAACCACUUCCUUCAUAUACAACAGUUACUAUAUUCAAAAUCCCAGCGACGUGGGGAGGUGUUAUUUCAAUGCCACCGCUAUGCUCACUCAUCUCGACCCUAGCAUUGUGGAGUGCCGAUUUCCAAGCGCUGCUAAUGGCACCCAAUUCAUGGCUUUUGGACCGUCACCGAGGCGCAGUGCCGGUUUCGAUUAUAUAAACUCUUCGGUAAGAUUGGGAAAUUACGUCCGAGGUUGGGUCACUGUAGUCCUGUCAUUCCCAAUUCUCUUUGUACUUAUGAUCGUCUAAUAAGGAAGUGGGAGUUGGUUCAUACAAUUUGUCAAGUGUUCAAUGCAAUCCCACUACACAUAGGGUAUUGUGCAAACGAAUUUUUGUAAACGUUUAACAUUGUGGUGCAUGUGUAUACUUUGGAUUACUUUCCUUCACUUAUGUUCUCGAUGGUAUUCACAUUCUUUUCUUGUUGUUAUGUCACAAAAUGUAACCUUAUUUAUACGGAGUACAAUGAAAUUCUUUAAUGAAU